GUUCUUUGUUGACUGAACAUGUAGGCUACAGUGCACGCCGUUCUUGGGUCAGGUACUUUGAAAUAUCCUUGUUUUUAUGUCUCCAGUUUUUAGAGGGGAUCUACUGACGUCACGGCAGUCACUUUAGUCGUCCUGCACAGUCUGAAGAUGUUUGCCACUGCAACAAAGAACUUUGUGGAAGAGAUUGACGAUGGCUCCUUGAUCCCCGUGUCCAGUCUGAAUGACAGCCUUGCUCCGUUGACCAUGGUUAUCAAGCGCAAUCGUUUCUUUCCGUGGCAGAAAGCCAAAUACCGACCGACUGACUUUACCCUGAACGAUCUGCUGACCGGAGACAAGCCCAUUAGCCCAGUUGUCGUUGAGACAGACUUCUUGAAGUUUGAUGGGACUUAUGGUGACAGCAUAGCAGCGAACGUGGAGGCAAACCUGGUCCGUGUCAACUUCAAUGUCGAGGGAAAAGACACCUCCAAACUCCAGUUAUCAUUUGGCACUUUAAAAAAAGAGGAGGUGGAUGUGCAAAAACUGUUGGUUGACUCCAAAAAUAGGAUUCUGGACAUGUCCCACUGUCUGAUCCAGCAAACCAGGCAGAAACACAAAGAGGUGUUUGGGGUGGUGAAGGAGAGGAUAGUGACGACCCAGCCCUGUUCGGUCAUAGAGGAGGUCCUGCAGGGGGGUCAGCUAGGCGGCCUUCUCAGCCUCUGUGGUCCCAAGCUCACCAAGGUGUCUGUGAAGGAGAACAGCAGCCUACAGACAGACAGUAACAUCACCAUGGAGAUUCCUCCACACACUGUCCUGGCUUAUGGCAUCAUUGAACUUGUGGUUAAAUCAACUGGGAAGUACAACCUGUGUCUUAUGUCCAACACUUCUGGGGGCUUUGAAGUGGACGGGCCUGUAAAGAAGGAUGUAGUGGCUCUUAUAUGUGCCAGUGGAGGCACCAUGAAGAGCAGCCCCCUUAAGAUAGAACUGGAUAGACUGACCGAUCACUUCCAGCUGCUGGCAGGCCUGGCAAGGGCAAAACGCUCCUCUCUGCUCCAGCUCCUCAGGACCAUCAUGAAGGACGGUCAGGCCGUCAGCUUGCUGGAGAACAUACUGGAUCAGAUGUGCCUUGGUUUAUCCCCAGACCUGGGUGAUGUUGAGGAUGGCUCCCUGAAGCAGACCUUCCAGGCUGUUCUGGAUCUUGUUGGUCAGCCCCAGACAGACCAGUCCCCCUCUCUCCUGAGUGCCACUCACCUGGUUGUUAGUGCUUUGGAUGAAAUGACAGAAGAGGACGUGUCUGUUUUGGGGUCCUGCAGUCCUCCACUCUUACACGCCCUGGAUCUCCUGGUGCAGCAGAGUGUAGUGGAAGGAGGGGGCUCCUCUCUGAGAGAUACAGGGCUGGCCCCCCUGACUGAGGAGCAGGGGUAUGAGAGAGCACAGCGGCUCCUGGCCUCCUCCUGUGUACUUCUGAAGAGAAAGGGAGACGAGCUGCAAACAGAGAUAAUUAAUCCCCCACGUGGAGGUCCCCCAACUAUAGUCCUGUGCAUCGCUGUGAGGGCAUUGGCCUCUUCGGGCCAUGGUAUUUGAGAGAGGGGCCAGGGCUGCGCAACCAUUUUCCAGAAGAGCCAAGUUCCUGUUUUCAUUCCAAACCUAAUUCAGCACACCUGAUUAUAACUAGCUGGUUGACAAGCUAAAUUGUGAAUUUUACAACUGGGGUUUGAGCCAGGCAUUCAAAAUGACCACAAUAACACAUUUUUGGGCUUCAAACUCAAUUUAAAAUGCUUUUGAAGUGUCUAUACUUAAAAAAAAAAUAAUAAUAUUGGGAUACUAAAACUGAGCUAUUGACUUCUGGUAGACCAAGUUACUGCUCCAUCAGAUUCUGGCCUUGACUGAGUUAUUUCACUACUUUCAGAAUGAGAAAUCCUUAAAAGAAUUGUGUAUAAAACAUGAAUUCCAAACUUCUUUAAAGGUAUAGUAUGCUAUUCUGGAAAGAGAAACUUAUUAGUAA